GCCACCCCACUUUGGGAUUGUGUUCCCAGUCCUUUGAGAUUGAUAGUAUUGUGUCGGAGAUUGCCAGCCUGGACAGAGCAGAUGACAAAGUCGUUUACAGACUGGUGGACCAGGAUGAUGUGGGCAUCGACAUGGUAUUUCAUGCCUUGCAUGAUACGAGCAAGGCAAAACUAGGGCUUCACGAGGGCUUCGGAAUAGUGACCAACAAUGCAGAAACAUCUAGGAUGAACGUGAGCUUUUUGUCCUCCGAAACACAAAGGCCGAUCACUCUACCUUACUUUGCAAUGUCCUUUUUCGACCUGCUGGGCUCCGAAAAAGACCAGCAUGGUUUCAAGCAUGUUCGCAUUCUUGGGAAGUGGAGUGAUGCGAUCGUAUCCAAAGACUCCUCCAUCAUCGUUGAGAAACAGAAUUAUUCGGUGUCCUUGAAGGCAAGCCAGACUGAUCUCCAGCAGCAUAGCCCAUCGAAGCCCUCGGCUCUCACUGCAGACCAGAUGAAUCAUGCGGGCACAGUGCGAUUUGUGAAUAUUGAUUCUUUUGAACUUCAAUUUGAAGUCGGAGCCAAUGAGUUUCACAACUUUUUAUUUUCCUGCACCGCAGCUGUGAUUUGUGCAGACGUCAAAGCUGAAGUAUUUGUUGCUGCUCCUCAAUUCAUCACCAAUCCACACAUGUUUGAGUUGCCCAACAUGAGCCUGGAACACAAGCAAGUUGUCAGAGCAGCUGAUCCAGGAGUUGCUUCAGCUCAUAAAGCUGUGUUUCAGCAAUGGUAUGUGAAAGCUGGAGAUUACGUAGGCACUGGAGACAAGAUCUACAGGGUUGCUGCAAGGAAUGGCUCUGUGGAGGCAACAGCAGAAAUGCCUGGAAGGGUAUACUACGUGCAAGCAGUUCUGCCUGGCGAUGUUAUAGAACCAGGUGUUGCAAUGCUGAUAUUGGACACUGAUACAAUCAGCUGGACUCAGGUGAGUAUCAUUGCCCUUGUGGUGAUCGCCGCAAUUGCGGCAGUGAUCACAUGGUGGUACUGUUGCUGUAGAUCCAAGCAGGAAACUCCCGAUGUUGAUGAGCCACGUGUUCGUGCGGUGAUUUUGGACUUUGAAACAGACACUGGUUGGAAUCAGAGAGCAAUUUGGAAGUAUCAGCCGUUGGGGUUGGGAUUCUAUGAGAAUCAAGUACCUUUAUCGGUGGCCUACAUUGGUCACGAUGCCAGUCACAUGGGCGUGUUGAGAGACGACGUUCUUGUCGGCAUUGGAGACGACAAGGACAUUGUUGGAAUGGCCAGUAUCAAAAAUAAGAGCUUCGAGAAUGUUUGGAUGGAGUUGAAGGAGCGUGUUGACCAGCUUCCGUUGGCACCACGCUUGCUCUUGAAGUUUGAGAGUGACAAAGGAACCCGCAUUGUCCAUUGGCAUACAAAGCCUUUGGGACUCAAUUUGUCUGAGACUUUGCCUGUCAAAGUGACGAAAGUGGAUGAAGCGGCCAUGCACCUGGGGCUGGAAGUGGGCAAUGUUCUCAAAAGCUAUGGAAUGGACUGGAGCUUAGAUCCCCAUUUGCUCAAAAGCGUUGAUGGGAUGACCGCCAAGGAGAUCAGGGAGGUGAUUGAAGAUCGGAUAGCGCAGUUCCCCGAUGGACAUUGCUGCCCGGCAGAGAUUUCUGGGGAGGACAUUUGCCCAGAAUGA